AUGAAGGAUCCUACUGUGGAGCAUGUGCGCACCAUAGACAGGUCGAGCCCCAAAGACCAGGAUAGCAGUGGCCCUCCAGCGGUGGCAAAACGCCAGGUGCGCGACAAGCCGCAAGAGCGUGAGCGUGACCAGUCUAACUCUAUUCCAAAGAUGAGAGAUUGUGCGCAGAUGGUGUCCUCGCAGCUGCCAGUGCACGACUCCGACUCCACAUUCUCGCCAUCAUCCACUCCCUUCCCCGGGCCCGGUUACAACCCGUGGGAUUUCAUACCGACGGCGGCGGGGCACCCUAACAUGGGAGGUGGGUCGGCAAUGAGCAUCCACUCGAGCCUGAGCCACGAGUCCAUACACCUCCCGCCGCCGCCGUUGGCGAUGCGUGGCCGUGGACUGCGGCGGCGCGAUCAGACGGUGAACUUGCGGCAGUAG